AGUUUGGCUUUUUAUCAUCUAAUUGUUCUCUUUUUUUUCUUUCUGUUUCUCUUUCUCUCUCUCCGUUCUUCCUUUCUUCUGAUUCCAUCUAGCAGCUUCUUCUUUCAUAUAAAGGGUAUAUUAUUAGAAGUAGUUUAGCUGUUGUUGAUCGGUUUUGAUACUGUAUAAGGCAGGACUAUGGGCGACUCUUCUGCCUCGUAUAUUCACAUGGUGCACCAUCUGAUAGAAGAGUGCAUAGUAUUCAAUAUGGGCAAAGAAGAGUGCAUGGAAGCUCUUUCCAAGCACGCCAACAUCAAACCUGUCAUCACUUCAACAGUGUGGAACGAGCUGGAGAAAGAAAACAAGGAGUUCUUCGAGGCCUACACGAAGAAGAGAAGAGGGGAGAAAGUGAGAGAAAUGGAGACAAGGCACGAGAUCCAAGGCGUGAUUGCUGAUUCUUCCAAUUCCAAUACAAGCGCAGAUCAUUAAUAAGCACUGUCUCUGUUUGCCCUUCCCUUGAUUUCUCCCAGUCGCCUAUUUAGUUAUAUUUUACUCAAAAAUAAAAUAAAAUAAAAUAAUUCACCUUCCUAUUAAA